AUGGAUACUACCAUUACUACAGGUACAGUGUUGAUUAUUCUUGCUGGAAGAUUUAAGGGAAAAAGAGUUGCGUUUUUGAAACAACUUAAAUCUAGGUUGUUAUUUGUUAAUGGGCCUUUUAAGCUUAAUGGAGUUUCAUUAAGACGUGUUAAUCAAGCUUAUGUUAUUGCUACUUCAACGAAAGUUGAUGUUAGUGGGGUAAAUGCUAAGAAGAUUGAUGAUAAGUAUUUUGCUAAACAAGCUAAGAAGAAGGGUGAAGGUGAGUUCUUUGAAGAGAAAAAACAGGAGAAGAACGUGCUUCCUCAGGAAAAAAAAGAUGAUCAAAAAAUUGUUGAUGUAGCAUUGAUCAAGGCUAUUGAGGGUGUUCCCGAUUUAAAGGAUUAUUUGUGUGCAAGGUUCUCAAUCAAGUCAGGCAUGAAACCUCAUGAGCUAGUCUUUUAA